GCAAAGUGUAAGACGUAUGGUGUUUCUCUGAUGGAUAUCGGCGUUGGCUCCUUUGUAUUCUCUCAAGGCGUGCCAGUGGUGUCUGCGAUUCCAAUCAUUAAAGACAUAUCCUGCCUCCAGGCUCCGAUCCUUCCUAAACUGAAGUCCGUCUCCCGUAAGACGAUACUCAUCAUUGGUCUUUCCAUAGGUUUCGUGUCACACCCACUACUUAACAGCUACAACCAGGAACAUGUGACAGAGUACGGUGUACACUGGAACUUCUUCCUCACGCUUGCGCUUUUGCCUAUGAUCAUCGAGGUCUUGUUCCAUCCUAUCAUCUCGCGUAUCCCGUUGCUCUGCUGGGUCUUUGGAUUGGAGUUCGUAGUGCAUCAACUCGCACUGUCAUCUGGAAGAAUGAAGGACUUUUUACUCAACACUUCACGGAGCAACAUUAUUAUUUUUGCAAAUAAAGAGGGCUUGCUCUCCUUACCGGGUUGUGUUUCGAUCCACAUACUCGGUCUGUCCUCAGGAACUGUCAUACUUCCUCCCUUCCCUUCGUUUUCCCGGAAGCAGCAGUGGCAAUCACUUGACGGGCCAUCCUCUCAUCAACCUAGCAGACUCGAUCCUUCAGCACUCAGACAGACUGCAAAGAUCAUCACUGAGUUACUGUCGUAUUCAGUUGUUUGGUGGAUGCUUCUGGCUUUCGUCAGGCUUGGAUUUGAAGGAUGGUUCAUCCUGCUUGUUUGGCUUUACGCAAACAUCUCUUAUGUCCUCUGGGUUGCAGUUUACAACACCUCUUUCAUCCUUGGCUACAUUUUACUCGACAUGGUGUUCUCUCCCACCAGCACAUUAAAGAUACGAGAUCAAACUGAUCCUUCAGGCGAACGGCUGGAAAAGGGGCCAAAAAGCAGUGUGCCCGCGCUGUUGGAGGUUAUCAAUAGAAAUAGAUUGUUCUUGCUGUCAAAUGUAGCCACCGGUUUGAUCAAUCUCAAUAUCCAGACUAUGUCGUGGGUAACAUGA